CCUAGCAACCGUUUUGUUCCCGUGACCAUAGCAACGGUGCAGUCGGCGUGCUAACAGAAGUUGUUGUGGCUGCCGUUAGCCGGUGUGUGUCAAAGCUGUUGGGAGACAAGAGAAGAGAAAGAAACGGAGGAGAAGAAAGAUGGAGACCGAAGAUAGCCGGCGGCUGACUUCGGCGGCCUCGCUUAAGGCCUUCCUGCUGAAGAGCAGCACGGAGAGCCGCCUGAACCUCUAUGACCACCUGACCGGGCUGCUGCUGAAGGUGAUGGAUGAGCAUCCUCCCAACGUGGUGGAUGUGAUCGAGGACAUGAGCCGCGAUGUGAAGCGGGCCGCGUUGGAGCAGCAGAGCAGCCUGAGAGAGCUCCCAGAGAUCAGCGCUGCUGAGCUGCUGGCGGAGCAGCAGCUCUCCCUCUUCAGCCGGCCGGAGGACGCCGACCAGGACGACGAACUGAUGGAGACACCCCUCCCUAAUGUGAGCGAGCUGGCUUUCUACCUGGAGCAGGCGGGGGUGGGGCUAGGCCGCGAGGAGACACAGAGGAUCUUCCUGGCUCUCAAGCAGCUGGUGGAGUCGCAGGGGCUGCUGCGCUGCCGCCUGUGGGGCAAGGUUCUGGGCACAGAGAGCAGCUACAUCGUAGCUGAGGCAGAGUACAGAGAGGGGGAGGAAGAGGAGGAGGAGCAAAGCUUUGAUGAAAACGAGCCGGAUACGGAAGACACCGAGAUGGACCCUCUACCUCAGUCGAUUUAUAAACCUCCCCCCGAAGUGCCGAAGGAGGCCCUGGGAACAGGGGCUAACAAGUAUGUUUAUUAUGUGUGCAAAGAGCCGGGUCUUCCCUGGGUGAAGCUCCCGUCGGUCAGUCCUGCACAGAUCACCGCUGCUCGCCAAAUUCGUAAAUUCUUCACGGGGAGGCUGGACAACCCGGUGGUCAGCUACCCGCCUUUCCCCGGGAAUGAAGCCAACUACCUGAGAGCACAGAUCGCUCGCAUCUCCGCCGGUACUCAGGUCAGCCCCCAGGGCUUCUUCCAGGCUGGGGAGGAGGAGGGCGAAGAGGAAGACACGUCUCCCCUGGACAGCUACGAAGCCAAUCCUGACUUUGAGGGCCUUCCGGUUGCUGAGAUGGCGGAGACUCUGUCCAGCUGGGUGCAUCACGUUCAGCACAUCCUGCAGCAGGGCCGCUGUACCUGGGUGAAUGUGGCUGUGAAACCAGAAGAAGACCCUAAUGAGGAAGCAGACGCGGAGGAGAGGGAAGAGGAGCCUGAUGAGCCCGAGCCGGAAGUCGGACCCCCUCUGCUCACCCCCCUCUCCCAGGAUGCAGAAUUGUUCAACACUCCUCCCUGGACCACCAAGGUGUCUUCCACUCUCACCUCCCAGCAUGCAGUAGCUGUGCUGCGCUCUAACCUGUGGCCGGGCUCAUGUGCAUAUGCUUGUGGAAAGAAGUUUGAGAACAUAUAUGUUGGCUGGGGUCUGAAGUAUGUAGGGGGAAACUACAGCCCGCAUGUCCCCCCGCCGCCACAGAAAGAAUACCCCAGCGGGCCCGAAAUCACCGAGGCCCUGGACCCGUCACUGGAGGAGGAACAGAUGCUGGAAGAAGCUUUGGAGGAGGAGCAAGCUGCCCAGGAAGAGCUGGAGGACUCAGGAGACGAGCCUGAGGAAGAUGACGACUGAGAAAACCCAUUACAAGUAUUUAUUUGUGAGUCAGUGGCCAAUAAAUCAGUUUACUCAGCAACA